AUGCCCCCGGGCAACGAAUAUGCUGCAGACCAGCUCAAAACCCAGGGAAACACGCAUUUCAAGAAUGGCGAAUACGAGGCCGCAGAGACAUGCUAUUCGCAGGCGAUCCAGAAGAACAGCAAGAACCCAUUGCUCUUCACCAACCGCGCGAACGCGCGACUGAAGCUCGAGAAAUGGCAGGAGGUGAUUGAUGAUUGUAUACGGAGUAUAGAGUUGUUGAAGGAGAAUAUGAAGGCUUUUUUCUACCUGGCGCAGGCACAAAUCGCCAUCAAUCACCCCAACGAAGCUCUCUCGUCGGCUCUCAUGGCUUACGAACUCUGCACCCGCUCCGCGCAACAAACGUCUAACGCUGCUACCAUCAGCGCGCUGGUCCUGAAAUGCAAGAAAGCGAAAUGGGACAUCCGCGAACGGGACCGCAUACGUCGUCGCCACGACCUACUCGCCGACCUCGAGGUCAAACUCGAAGAUGCGUACAAAAAAGAAAUCUUCGAAAUCGACGAAAAGGUUGCGAAGGGAGACAUGGGCACUGUCGAAUCCCAGGAGGAAAAAUCCGAAAUCAAACAAGACUGGGAGAAGAAAGUUGGUGAUCUCCGCACUGCCUUUGCCCUCUCCGACCCAGAGCAUCUCCAAAAACGCGAGGUCCCGGACUACCUUGUCGACGGCAUCACGUUCGAAAUUAUGCACGACCCCGUGGUCACUAAGAACGGGCGAUCUUACGAGCGCGCGACCAUCAUCGAGCAUUUGAAGCGUUCGCCGACGGAUCCGCUGACGAGGGAGCCGCUGACGAUUACUGAGCUCAGGCCGAAUAUCGCGCUGAAAGAGGCGUGCACGGAGUUUAUGGAGGCGAAUUCGGGUUGGGUUUAUGAUUGGUAG